AUGACACAUUUGUACUUAGACCUCUCGUGGGUUCCAUUCCCACAAUGUCACGAAAUCUCGUUAUGCUUUUCUCAUACCAAAUCCUUGGCGAUACGAAGCUUCUUCUCCCUCUCCCAGACCGAGACCCAGUACUUGGUCUUUCCGCAGGUCUACGAAUUGACCAGCACUCUUGUAUCGCGUAUCUACCACUCCACAAAGGUCAUCCAGCAGCGUUUUGAGCCGUCCUCUGCCGGAACCGCCUCCCUCGAUGGCCACGUUGUGGGGAUGCAGAGAGACGCAGACAGCAUCGUGCUCCAGAACGUGGUGACUUCCAUCCAGGUACUCAACAUGCGUUUGUUCAAGAACAUUUUCAUCAACUCCCCGGUGUUUAUCGCCUUUGUGCAUACCCAUCCGCUCGUGGCGGAAUCGCUCAUCAGGUUCAAUGACUUAUCCAAUGAGUUAGAUGGCAUCCAUACAAUCAACCAGUACCACAGUCCGUUACUUAUCUCCGAUGGGAAAACCGAUGUUAUACAGGCGAUUAGUCGCGAAGGUUUGCUUGAUUCCAAGUUCGGCGAGUUUGUCUACGAAUGGAAUGAAGUUUUGAGAGUUAAUAGAAAUUUCUAUUCCAAGAUUAAGAUUUGGGUUAGAUGGUUCAUAUAGAUAUUGGUUAAC